AUGUCUGUGGCCCUGGGGAAAGUGUCAUUGUUGAAACCUGAGAUACACCUCGCUCAAGCAGUCUCCGAGUUCGAGGCCGACCUCUCGACCGAGAAAAAAGCCACAUUCCGCACACUUAAGUCGCAAUCACAUUCAAGCACACCUGACCCAAGCGAUGUCAUGCGACUAACAGCCGAGAUGGACCGCUCUAUAUCGACUAAAUACGGCAGUCGAUGUUUUGGGCCUCGCUUUACCAACUUUCUUCAGGUUGUCCAGUAG